AUAAAUAUUACACUAUUAAUUAAUCGCGUUGUUGUUAAUUGGUUUGGUUCGUUGACAAACCAACCACGGGACAGAAGACCAGAUGGCUCCCCGCACUCAUCGGCCAUCGCCCCCUUCUUCCCUCCCUCUUCAUUCCUUUCUGUCUUCUUCGUCCCGCAAAAUUCACUCCCUUCCUUCCCAGUUCUUCUUCCUUGGCCAGCCCAAUUUCUUCAAGCAGCAACAGCAAGCUACCCAUUUCGAGUACCAGUUCCCCCAGUUCCAGUUCCUGCUUCAGAUUCAAAAUCCCCCACCGUUUUGGAGCUGCUCUGGAGAAAGGGAAUUGAUAAUCCACGAUUGCAAUUUCAGAGGAGAUCAAAGCGGGGAAGAAGGGAACGCCAUGAAUCAAUCAAUUAAUUCAUCAAUCCGCAGUUGGGGUUGUUGAGAACUUAGAAAAAGCGGAGAUUUCCCUUCAAGCCCCACAAACAUUCAUUCCCCUUUCUUCUUUAUGUAAUGCAUCAGAAGAAAUCAGAAGUCCAAAUCGGAAAAGAAAGCAGCGGCGUCUCUUCCGAUUUCAACCCUACCCCUCCCCUUCUCUUCCCCCCACCGCCCCAUCCCUCUUCCGCCACCACUGACCACCACCGCCCCCUCAACUAUGAUUCCUCCACCACCGCCGGCGCCCUGCCUUUCCUUCCUCCUCGGAUUCUCGUCGAUUUCCCCGACGAGACCCCUAAUGACCCAAUUGCCCCCUCCCCUUCAUCGGCUUCUUCUGCAUCUACCCCCUACAAGCGGACCCUUUUGACCCACCAACAUCACCACGCCCUCGCUGCUCCACCCCCUCCUCCACCGCCUCUGCCUCGCCGCUCUUCCUCCCUUUCCAAAUCACCCACCAUCUACCAUUUCUCUCCAUCCUCCUCUCCUCACCACCACCAUCACCCGCUAUUGACCCUCUCCAUCGCUGCAAAAUCCACCGCCCUUCGGUUUCUCCGCCGCUUCCGCCACUUCCGGCGUAUCCGGGUCCAUCUCCGUCUAAUCCUUCUCCUCUCUCUCCCCUUCUUCUACUUCCUCGUUUCCCAUCCCAGCCACUCUUUUUUCCUCGACUUCUUCUCUGCUUUUGCCUUCUCGUCUGUUCUCUUGUUCUCCCUCAAUCUCGCCCUCCCUCGGCUCCCUUCAAUCCGGCUGUUCCUUGCCCGCUCCUUUCCCAUCAAGCUCGCUGCUACCUCCAAGCCACCGUUGCCUGUGUUCUGGUCGAUUGGUUCCAGACCCAGAUCGGAAAAAAGAGGUAAUUCUGGUUGUUGGGUUCAGGUUUACAGCAACGGGGACGUCUACGAGGGCGAAUUCCACAAAGGUAAGUGCUCCGGGAGUGGAGUGUACUAUUAUUACAUGAGCGGGAGGUACGAGGGGGAUUGGGUUGAUGGCAAAUAUGAUGGCUAUGGAGUGGAAACCUGGGCCAGAGGAAGCCGCUACAGAGGCCAAUACAGGCAAGGUCUUCGUCAUGGGUUUGGAGUUUAUAGAUUCUAUACUGGAGAUGUCUACGCUGGGGAAUGGUCUAAUGGCCAAAGCCACGGCUGUGGAGUUCAUACUUGUGAAGAUGGUAGUAGGUAUGUCGGAGAAUUCAAGUGGGGUGUCAAGCAUGGUCUUGGUCACUACCAUUUCAGAAACGGUGAUACGUAUUCUGGGGAAUAUUUUGCGGACAAGAUGCAUGGAUUUGGGGUGUACCGUUUUGCAAAUGGGCAUAGAUAUGAAGGAGCUUGGCAUGAGGGUAGAAGACAAGGGCUUGGAAUGUAUACAUUCAGGAAUGGGGAGACACAAUCAGGUCAUUGGCAGAAUGGAAUACUUGAUGUUCCAAGUACUCAGAAUACAACUCCUCCUGCCUCGCCUGUUGCUGUUUAUCAUUCUAAAGUACUCAACGCAGUACAGGAAGCAAGGCGGGCUGCAGAGAGGGCUUACGAUGUGGGGAAGGUGGACGAGAGGGUGAAUAGAGGCGUAACAGCAGCUAACAGGGCAGCCAAUGCAGCUAGAGUAGCAGCGGUUAAGGCUGUCCAGAAACAAAUGCAUCAUCCUAACCAUCUGGAGAAUGUACUUCCAAUCCCGAUCGUGUGAAAUGCAAAUGCCAGGGAAGCGGCAGUUUUUCCAUGUCAUCCUCCAUCUCAUCCCACUUUGUGUCGGAUCUGGAAAUGACUCAACGCUGUGCCACUGGAAUGGAGAAGAGCGAUUGGAAGAGAUUGGCCUGUUCCAUUUUUGUUAUAACCUUUAUGUUUUUGUAUACAAGCAAAGCCUUUGUGUCCUAAGAGAUAGGGAGUAGAAGAAAGGAGUACGAGUCCUGAGUGUGUGAGUGAGCUCUUGAGCCUGUUUCUUGGGUUCUGUAUAGAUGAGUUUAGAUAGUAGGAGCACAGGUGAAACCUCUGCUCGGCACUGCAGACAUAUUUGUAUUCAUUCUGCGGAUAUUGUUAGAGAAGGAAGUUGGCAAUCAAUGUUUGUUCCUUCCUUCCCUCCUAGUGAAAGAGGAUCAGGUCUUUUUUUCUCUUCAAUUCGAAGACCUCUGGCUUCGAGGACACUGAUGAUAACAAAGAGGCUUAUCGUCA